AUGCACAGAACAACUAGAUCCCCAAUGAUGCAACCCCUGGUCAACUCGGGAAUGGGUGUGGCUCCUUUCUUCAAGGUAACACACCCUUAGAUUUAGACACAUGCAGGAGCACACACCUUUGCAUAAGUGGGAUGGGCUCUGUCACAUUAAAUGUCCCUUUUCUCUACCUCAUCUUCCAUUUCUUCCCUCUCUCCCUCCCUCCGUCUCUCUGUAGGUGACUGUGUUCGAGCAGGAGCACUUCCAGGGCAAGUGCCAGGAGUUUACCUCUGAGUGCUGUAACAUCCACGAGUGUGGUCUGGACAUCAUCCGCUCCAUCAGAGUGGAGAGUGGAGCGUGAGUCUCACAUUGUUCCAUCUGUUUAGUGUGUAUAUUUGGUUAGGGAUAGAGGAAUCCAGGUGUGUUCUCUCUCUCUCUCGCUCUGUGUGUGUGUGUGUGUGUGUGUGUGUAUAGACUUUACCAUGAAAUGCUUACUUACAAGCCUUUUCCCAACAAUGCAGUUAAAAAGUAAGAACAUUUGCAAAUAAAAAUGUAAAAUAGUAACACAAUAAAUAACAAUAACGAGGCUAUAGAAUGUGAAAGUGUGUGUAUGUGUCAUCAAUGUGCGUGUGUGUGUAUGUGUGUGUGUUGGAGUGUCAGUGUGAGUGUGUGGGUAGAGUCCAGUGAGUGUGCAUAGUCAAUGUAAGAGAGUCGGUGCAAAAAAGGAUCAAUACAAUAGUGUGGGUAGCCAUUUGAUUAACUGUUCAGCAGUCUUAUGGCUUGGGGGUAGAAGCUGUUCAGGUGCCUUUUUGUCCCAGACUUGGCGCUCCGUUACCGCUUGUCGUGAGGUAGCAGAGUGAACAGUCUAUGGUUUGGGUGACUGGGCCUUCCUCUGACACCGCCUGUUAUAGAGGUAAUGGAUGGCAGGGAGCUCGGCCCCAGUGAUGUACUGGGCCGUCCACACCACCCUCUGCAGCGCUUGCAAUCGAGGGCGGUGCAGUUGCAAUACCAAGCAGUGAUGCAACCAGUCAAGAUGCUCUCAAUGGUGCAGCUGCAGAAGUUCUGGAGGAUCUGUGGGGCCAUGCCAAAUCUUUUGAACCUCCUGAGUGGGAAGAGGCGCUGUCGAACCUUCUUCGUGACUGUGCUGAUGUGAUAGGACCAUAUGAAGUCCUUGGUGAUGUGGACACAGAGGAACUUGAAGCUCUCUACGUGCCCCACGUGUGUGUGCGUUCAUGUAUGUGUAAGGUGGAUGAGUGAAUGUGUUCAAUGUGUGUGUAUAAGACGGUAGUACAAUGUGUAAACUCUACCCCCCCCUCCUCUAGCUGGGUGGGCUUUGAGCACCAUGACUUCCAGGGCCAGCAGUUUAUCCUGGAGAGAGGAGAGUACCCUCACUGGGAUGCCUACAGCGGCUCCCUGUCCUACCAUGUGGAGCGCCUCAUGUCCCUGCGUCCCAUCUACUGUGCUGUGAGUAAAGUGUGAGAGAAAGCGAGAGAAGAUGACAAAGAGAAAGAGAGAGUGAAAGUGUGUCAAUGCAGUUUUUUGCCAAACAGAUACAUUCUAUUAGGGCCUUCCUCGAGAAACACCAUUUUUGGGGGAAUAUGAUCAUCUUUGUGUUUGUAUGUAACACUCCUCUCUCUCUCAGUCCCACAUGAGCAGUCGUAUGAUGAUCUUUGAGAGAGAGAACUUCAUGGGCCGCAGUGUUGAGCUGUGUGACGACUACCCCUCCCUGCAAGCCAUGGGCUGGUCCAUGCCCGAGGUUGGCUCCAUGCACGUGCAGUGUGGCGCGUAAGUUAACCUCUAUUAUUCACUACAAACACACACAUGCAAUGCGUGAGCAAACAGCUGUGGAAGCUGUGGUUUAAUACUUUGCACACACGAUUGAUACACACCCCAGAGACACCAAAACUCAGUGUUAAUUAAUAUCCCCUAUCUUUUCCAUCAGCUUUGUGUGCUACCAGUACCCCGGCUACAGGGGCCAGCAGUACAUCAUGGAGUGUGAGAGACACAGUGGAGACUACCAGCACUGGAAGAACUGGGGCUCCCACUGCCAGACCCCCCAGAUCCAGUCUAUCCGCCGUAUCCAGCAUUAA